AUGGCGCCGGGCACAGUGAAAGAGCUUGUGCUGGACAACUGUCGGUCAAAUGAGGGCAAAAUUGAGGGCCUCACUGAUGAGUUUGAGGAACUGGAAUUUUUAAGCACAAUCAACGUAGGCUUAACAUCAGUCGCCAAUUUGCCCAAGCUAAACAAACUCAAAAAGCUCGAGCUUAGCGAUAACAGAAUCUCAGGGGGUCUGGAGGUACUGGCAGAGAAGUGUCCCAACCUCACCCAUCUCAACCUCAGCGGCAACAAAAUUAAAGACCUCAGCACCAUCGAACCCCUGAAAAAGUUGGAAAGCCUCAAAAGUUUAGACUUGUUCAACUGUGAGGUGACAAACCUGAAUGACUACAGAGAAAAUGUUUUCAAGCUGCUCCCUCAGUUGACAUAUCUUGAUGGCUAUGACAAAGAGGAUAAAGAAGCACCCGACUCUGACGCCGAAGCUUACGUCGAAGGCCUAGACGACGACGAGGAUGAUGAAGAUGAGGGAGAAGAGGAGGAGUAUGAUGAAGAUGCAGCUCCAGGAGAUGAAGAUGAAGAAGAGGGAGAGGAGGAGGAUGAGGAAGAGGGAGAGGAGGAGGAAGAAGAGGACAUCAGUGGAGAGGAAGAGGAGGAAGAAGAGUUAAAUGAUGGCGAGGUAGAUGAUGAGGAAGACAUUGAGGAGGAGCGGGGUCAGAAGAGGAAAAGAGAGCUGGAUGAGGAAGGGGAGGAAGAUGAUGACUGAACAUGCACUCCCCCCAUUGUGAUCUGACCGUUUAACCCCUGUAUAUCUGUCCUAUUGUCACUCUGCGAUGGUUUGGGGAGGUAUUCAAAUGGUAGGGGGUGGGUUAGUAUAAAGGAGGACACAGUUUAAAUAUGUUUUUAUCUUUAUUUGUUGUUGUUGUUGUUUUCUUUUGGUUUGGUUUGUACUUUCAGUUUGGUUCCCUUCAUUUUCUCCAAAAGCUCUUCAAAUGGCUGACAACACAGUGUGGAAAUUUAUUAUUGUUGGAAAAAAAGACCAGUAUGCUCUUGUAAUUUUUCCCUGUCUUUACUGUUGAUGCCUAAAUGCUGGUGAUGACUUAUGUAUUAAAAAAGAAAAAAACAACCAAAAAC